AAUGAAUUAACAGCAAGAAGAAGUAGAAAUAUUUGAAAACCCUAAUUCCAAUAGAAAUUCUGAAGAAAUGAGUAAAUCCAUUUUUUCCACUGUUUUUGCAAUCAUUUACAAUUUCAGUUGGGGAAUGCUUUUUCUUAUUUUUCGACAUUACAGUAAUUAGUUUUUGGUUUUAAUUAAGAGAUGAUUCUGAAUGCCAAUUGAUU